CAUGGCGCCGACUCGCUGGGGGUUCGUGGCCACAGGAAGAAUCUGCAACGAUUUCAAAGUGGCUCUCGACACACUGCCAAGGGACGAACAUCAAGUGGUCGCUGUGGCAUCUAGGAACCUUGAAACUGCCCAGACGUUUGCUAAAACUCACGACAUCCCAAGAGCCUACGGAUCAUAUGCAGAGCUUGCAACACAGGAUGACAUUGAUGUGGUGUACAUUGGUGCUGUCCAUACCCAGCAUGCCCCAGUGACGACCAUGAUGCUCCAGGCGGGGAAGCCUGUCCUGUGUGAGAAGCCGAUGUCAGUUAACUCCCGAGAGGCGCGGCAGAUGAUCGGCCUCGCUAAGGAGAACAACAUCUUCUUUAUGGAGGCUAUUUGGAGUCGACACUUCCCAUCGUACAAGAAAAUCCGUGAGAUCCUCGAUUCUGGUCUUCUCGGAGAUGUGAAACUGGUCACAGCAUGUUUGGGAAAAGUUAUAGCCGAAGCUAGGCUAGAAAGGUCCAUAACAGGAGGAGGACUGCUUGCUCUGGGGAUUUACCCGAUCCAGUUUGCCACUAUGGUGUUUGGAGGAGAAGAACCAGAGGACAUCACUGUUAGUGGAAAUCUCAGCAAUGGGGGGGUGGAUGAGACUGUUACCAUUGUGCUGAAGUAUAGCGGCAACAGGAUGGCAACACUGGUCUGUAGCGCAUCCGCACAGCUCGCUCAAGAAGCGUAUGUCUACGGGACAAAGGGCUCUGUCAAGAUCCCAACUUUCUGGUGUCCUACAGAGGUAAUCUCCCCGGACGGUACCCAUGAAUUUCCCCUCCCUCCACCAGAGAAGCCGCUCAUGUUUGAAAACAGCACCGGGAUGAGAUAUGAGGCCAUGGAAGUCAGGAGGUGUCUUCAGGAAGGUUUGAUUGAAAGUCCCCUGAUGACCCACGCCAUGAGCCUACAGAUAGCCGGUAUUCUGGACCAGGCACGGAAAGUUGUUGGGGUGGUGUACGACCAAGACAAGGAGUAAACCACAAAAUGGCGACGAGAAAGUAGAAGCUUAAACUCUCUCAGGAAAUAGAAAGAUAUACAUUUAAUUUGGUUCCCUGAUUUAUGAACCAUAUGAGAUGCUCGAUCGACAUUAUUAUAUUAGUCUACCUCGAAAGCCAGAUAUUAAUAAUAACUAUAAUAACUAUGAAAUAAAAUUCUUUAAGAAUAUUCAUUAACUUUAAAUUUUCAGUAAACGUAUGCCUCAGGGAGUAGGACUGGAGAGUUUUCAAC